UAGCGUCAACAGGUUUCUAUGUAAGUGCAGUUCCUGGACUGGGUGUGACAACUGUGAUUUUUGCCAAACAUCAACAGAUAACCAUGUCGGACUACGUAUCGGCGUCCGCCAUCAAGGACCUCCUCAUCGAGUGCCCAAUAUGUACUGAACACUUUGAUGAGGCCAGACGGAUACCUCGUCGUAUGCCCUGCUGUGUACAGUCAAUAUGUCAAGCUUGUUUAGAGACGUACAGCAAAGGACUCCCAACGUUAUCAUGUCCCAUGUGUCGACACCAACAUAACCUGACGGGUGGUGUGAAGUCUCUGCCCAAAGAGCCUAUCAUCCUAAGAAUCCUGGAUCAUCUGAAGAUUGUGAAAGGGCUCCAUCUGCCAUGUACAGAUUGUCCUGAUGGUAACCCUGCCAUGUCCAGAUGUGAUGACUGUGGCGUCUUCCUGUGCCAAGAAUGUCUAAAUGCCCACAAAAGAGUUAAGUCGAUGCAAGAUCACCAACCUGUCAGUUUUAAGGAAAUGAAAGAACAGCCAGUCAAGCUGAAGCAGAAGGCAGAGGAACUUGUGAAAAUAAACCAAGGUCUCAAGGAAAGACAUUCAAACAUACAGGUGUCAAAACAGGCUGCCAUGGUUGACAUCAACAAAGCCUUUGACGAAUUGAUUAAUGAAAUACAGCAGAGGAGAGGAAUUCUGUUGUCAAAUGUUGAAGAGAGAUCCAGCAAGAUUCUGAAGCUGACACAGGAGGAACUGGAUUCCACCAGUGAUAUUCUAGCAAAAGUGACAUCAUCUACCGAGUACACACAACAGAUGCGCAGUAAAGCUGACAAGAUAGAGGAUCUACAAAUGAUGGGGUCUUCAGCUGCCACCUUGAGCGCCAUGUUGGAGAUGUCACCAAAGGCGUCACUUAGAAGAGCUGGUAGAAUCCAAGUGGAGAUGGUGACCUGA